AUGAUGCCUCCGGAGCCCAAGGUGCCUGGUAUUGGGAGAGGUUUUAUGUUGCGGAUGAAUCUGGGAGAUAAGAAACUGGUAGAUAAGGAGGAGGAGGAAGAAGAUGACGAGGAGGAGGAGGAGGAGGAGGAAGAUGAUGAUAAUGAGAUGUCGGAUUCUGAGGCUAAGGAGCAGGAUGAAGAUAGGAAGUCUCGUCUCUACAGGAGGGUCUCAGGAUUCCUGGAGGACACUUACAAAAACUUCUAUCCUGGAGUUCCCACCAUUAACGUGUUGGUUACUUAUCCGAGUUCAGCAAAGUGCAUAUAUGACAGUGAGACAGAUCCCUAUAUUGUUUCAGGUCCUGCUCCAAGAACAAGGCAGCUUGAAAUUUCAGCCUCAUCUCGAAGGCGGAAGCAUCAAGCAUUUGUUCCUCCCAAGGGUGCAAAAGUCAAGCCCCAUAUGUCUAAACAGGAGCAGAGUGGUGGUGUCAGCGGGGUCAGCGGUUUCCGUGCGUCAAUGGUGGUGUUUACUGAGAACCCCAAGCAGCUGCAAGGCUUUCUCCAAACUUUCUUAGGCAACUAUGAUACCAUACUAACACCCAACGAGGUAAGUAGCUACCUCGUAUGGUCCUCCGUGAAGAGGCUAAACAGGGGGAACUUAUUGGUGCAUUGGAACUCUUUGUCAGCACGCUCUCAGGACGUGAAGAUGUGGUAG